ACUCUAUUCAUCUGGGGGUAUACCUCAUUCACAAAAAUAGAGCUUAGCUCCACAGGACAACCACAGGUAUCGCAACAUAAACCUGGUAUAAUCCUAAUUUCUUUCAGCUUCACAGACACCAGCAUGGCCCUAGCCAGUGGACACUGGGUUGACAAGGAAGUAAGAGGUGAAGCGCCAAGUCCCAGACAUGGUCAUGCAUUAGCUCUGGCUGGAAAUAUAGCUUUCCUCUUUGGUGGAGUGUCCUGUAGGACCCUGAAGGAGGACGAGACGAUAUAUCUGAAUGAUUUCUACAUGAUCACCGGUAUGUUCAUAGAUAUCCCUGUUGGCUAUUGCUAUUUCCAUGAAUCCCACAAAAAGCAGGAGUCAUUCAUGUUUGGAACCGAUGUGUUUGUAGUUUCGCCCACCCAUGUCUUAUGGGAGCUCAUGCCUCAGAAUGGAACUGUACCGUCUGCAAGACAAGGACAUACACUUUGCGUGGUUAAAGGCAAGCUCUACCUGUUUGGAGGAGUGUCCAGUUCCCUGGCUGAGGAAUGUCUCCAAGGGGUAUACUGUUUUGACAUAAUCUCUUUGACGUGGGAGUGCCUUACCACCAAGGGCAUGUCACUCAGAGCUACGCACAACAGCUCGGCUGCCGUGGGAGACGGCGUCUAUGUGUUCGGUGGUCUCCUGCAUGGAGUUCCCUCUGAUGACCUCAUGCUGUUCAACACAGUUUCACUGAGUUGGACCCCUGUUAAGACCACAGGAAAUCUGCCAUCUGCAAGGUACAACCACACAUUAGCUGUAGUCAGUGAGCAAGUAUUUAUGUUCGGUGGCUGCGCUGAGGACGGCUGCUACUACAAAGAUGUCCAUGUUCUGAACACAGAGAGUCUUGUGUGGCAGAAGUGGGAUGUGAAAGGAGAAUCACCCGUGAUCUGUGGAGGGCAAACCCUUGUAGCACAUCAUGACAAGGACAUAUAUUUGUUUGGAGGCAAAGUGCCUAGUCAGGAUGGACCGCACACCUCGACAAACGAGAUACUUAAGUUAAGCAUUGGAAAGAUGAAAUGGAAGGUGCCUCUCUAUGUGGGGAUCCCACCAGCUAGACGUCAUGAUGUAUAUAUUUGGGGGCAAAAAUGAAGAACAGGAAUUCAAUGACUUGAAAGUGAUGAAACUGAUUAAUCCAUCAGAAAGGCAGCCAGUCAUGAAAGAUAUUCUAUCAGAGUUUGGGCUUCAGGGAGUCAGCCAUGGCUUUGCACCUACGAAAGUCCCAAAUGUAAAGUAUGAGUUGAGUGAGUCUCCGCUUUCGGUGAGAAAGUACACAGCUGUAUCUGCACAGGUG